AACAAAAGAACCUUAAUUUUGGAAAGGUGUUAUUUCUGUCCCAUGACCCUUUUGUUUCUUUCGUACCAAUGUUUUCAACAAUCAAAACCCUAACUUUCGCCUAUAAAAAUCUUUUUUUUUUCUCGUUAAACCAUUCACAUUCACAUUUCUUCUCUCUGAUAAACCCUCGUAGCCGUUCUCACAAAUCUCUUCACAGUCUCUCUAAAAUGGGUCCUCCUGUUAGAGGUCGUGGUGGUUCUGGUGGAGGGUUCAGGGGUGGAAGAGGUGGAGGAAGAGGAGGUGAUAGAGGUACUCCUUUUAAGUCACGAGGCGGUGGUAGAGGUGGAAGCAGAGGAGGUCGUGGAGGAGGCCGUGGUGGCGGUAAAGAAAAACAGUUCAAGAACAAUUUGGAGGUAUCUGCUUAUCUUACAAAUGCAUCAGAGUUGGAUGAUCAUAUUAUUCAUCUUCUCUUCAGUGCUAAUAGUUGGGAAAAGAGGCCAUUGUUGGAAACAAAAUUGAAAAGUGGAGUAACACUCAUUGUUGACCGUUAUUCUUAUUCUGGGGUGGCCUUCUCAUCUGCCAAAGGACUAAAUAUUGAGUGGUGCAAGGAAGCUGCAGAAAGAGGAGGGUAUGGUGAUGAAAGAUAUAAAAAGCUCGAGUUUCAGAAGAAAGUUGCUGAACAUUACAAAGUCCUUCAUGAUGCCUCCUGGAAGGUAAUGAACUGUUUUUCUGGCCUCAAGAACAUUACAAAGACCCAUUUUUUAUUUUGUCAAGAACAUUCAAUCUUCUGCUUAAAAAAGAGAUACAACUUUACCAAUUUUUCUCGUUCUUGAUCAUUAAAGAACAAAAAGAACCUUAAUUGUGCAAAAAGUGUGAUGUCCCAAGGUCAUGUUCGGUACCAAUAUUUUUUUUCUUGACAAAUUCGGUACCAAUAUUUUAAAACAACAGUUUUGGAAUUUUCAUUCCAACAUAUUUGCCCCAUCUGGUUUAUAAUCAAUACAUGUUGGGAACGAUGAUGUGCUUCAAUAAAAACUUUUAAUCUCCUGCUUUGAUAAAAUGUGAUUGGAUGUGUUGAUGCCCAAAACAUGCUGGAUAAAUUACUUAAUGACCCUAGUCCCUGAAUGCGAAAGCUAGUUGUUGCCUUAAUUGCUACAAAAACAAUUGUCUCUAUCGGUGUCCGCUUUUCUAUUAAAAAAAUUAUGAAUUUUUAUUCAUAAUAAUGCAUGAAUGGGUUUACAUUCUGCUUUGAUGACCUUUAGUCCCUAAAUUCAAUUCUACAACUGCAAUUAGAAGUGAUUGCAUUAUGAACAACAUUCAAUCUUCUGCUUCAUAAAAACAAAACAAAAGAACCUUAAUUGAGCAACGGUGUUCUUUAUGUCCCAUUACCCUUUUGUUGUUUGGCACCAAUUUUUGAAAGAUCAACUUUUUCGUUUGGUACGGUAAAUUUGGAACUUUCAUUUCAAUAUAUUUGCAUUCAUGAAUCAUAUAUGUUGAGAUACCCAUUUUUUCAUCUUUUAUUUUGUCAAGAACAUUCAAUCUUCUGCUUAAAAAAGAGGUACAACUUUACCCAUUUUUCUCGUUCUUGAUCAUUGAAGAACAAAAUGAACCUUAAUCGUGCAAAAUGUUUUCUAUCCCAAGAUCAUGUUUGGUACCAAUAUUUUAAAACAACAGUUUUUGGAAUUUUCAUUCCAACAUAUUUGCCCCAUCUGGUUUAUAAUCAAUACAUAUUGGGAACGAUGAUGGGCUUCGAUAAAAACUUUCAAUCUUCUGCUUUGAUAAAAAGUGAUUGGAUGUGUUGAUGCCCAAAACAUGCUGGAUAAAUUACUUAAUGACUCUAGUCCCCUGAAUGUGAAAGCUAGUUGUUGCCUUAAUUGCUACCCAAGCAAUUUUCUCUGUCGGUGUCCACUUUUCUAUUAAAAAAAUUAUGAAUUUUUAUUCAUAAUAAUGCAUGAAUGGGUAUAUAGUCUGCUUUGAUGACCCUUAGUCCCUAAAUUCAAUUCUGCAACUGCAAUUAGAAGUGAUUUUGCAUUAUGAACAUAAUGACCCUUGUCCCAAAUGUUUCAUUAGUUUUGUAAGGGAUGGAUGCCUCAAUGACCUUUGAGAAAAAUGCAUUAUGAAUUCUUUAUUCAUAAUGGAAAAGUUGGAUGGUGGCUUUCAAAGGAAAGAAAUUUACUAUGAAAUUUUAUUCAAAACGUGGUUGGUGUCUAUUGUCUUUUUAUGACCCUAUUGUGAAACUGUCACUAGUGGCAUGGUAUACAUGAGCUUGCUAACUCCAAAUUCGACGAUAAGAUCGAUAUACUUUAUUCCAUGAAUUUUGUAAGGGAUCGUCUUGGUGGCCCAAAAAUGUUGGAUGAUUGCAUAAUGUGAAAGCUAGUUGUUGCCUCAAAUGCAAUUUUAAUAUUGAAUUUCGUUCAUAAUAUAAGGCACAAAUAUUAGCUAUUGUGCUUUGAUGACCCUAGUCCCUAAAUGCAAUUUUGCAAAUGGAAAAGGAAGUGCGCCCUUGUGUUUGAUUAGCCUACUUAUAAGGGUUUCGAAGGAAUUCUCUAAGGAAGAAACAAAUCAACUGAAGCAAAGUACAAAGAAACUAAUUCUUUGGAGUCUAGGGGAUGCUUGCAUUGUGAUUAAUGGAGGAAUCCAUAAUGAGGUCGUAUAUCUGUUGGUCUUAUUUACUGCAGACCUACUGUGAAAUCUGAUUAAAUUUGGUGGGUGCUUUGGCGCUGGUAUAAGAAUUAGAUAGUAACUGAAAAAGGUAGAACCUUACCCAUUUUUAUCAUUCUUGAUCAUUCGAUAAAAUUCAAUCUUCUGCUUGAGAAAUAGAAAACCUUUUAUUGGUGAACAUAGUGGUGUUCAGUUUCAGCGGUUAUUUGGAAACCGAAAUAUCAUGGAACUGUUAGUGUAGGACGGUAACUGAAGUCGAAAGCAUACUGGUGGGUAAAGGGAAGGUUGAUGGUUCAGGUGUUGGUGUUGAUGUGGCUUCAUGCACGAAUCAGAGCAACUUUCUAUCCCAAAUUUGAAAAUGAAAAGUCAGAUCAAGAGGUAUGUGAUUCGGUUUUUAUGUUUUGAUUUCACAUAUUUGCAUUGAUGCAUAUUCAGAUACUCAUUUUCUCGUAUUCUUGAUUAUUCAACAACAUUCAAUCUUGGAACUUUACCAAUUGAGCAAAAGGUGUUUGGUACCAAUAUUUUUAAAGAUAGAACUUAUCAUUUGCUACAGUAAUUUUGGAACUUUUAAUCCAAUAUAUUUGCAUUGAUACAUGUUGAGAUACCUAUUUUGCAUUAUUGAUUAGUCAAGAACAUUCAAUCUUCUACUUGAAAAAAGGUAGAACCUUACCCAUUUUUCUCAUUCUUGAUUUUUCAAGGACAUUCAAUCAAACUUUAAUUGAGCAAAUGCACUCUGUCCCAAUAAUAUUUUGAAAGUUAGUUUUUUUUUUUUUUUUUUUUUUUUUUUUUCCGUUUGGUACAGUAAUUAUGGGAUCUUCGUUCCAAAAUAUUUGUUUGCGGUUGAUACAUGUUGUGAUACCGAUUUUUUAAUUUUUGAUAAUUCAAGACCAUUCCAUCUUCUGCUUGACAACACGAAACCUUAAUUGUUGAAACGUGUUCUGUCCCAAGCAUCUUCAAUCUUCUGCAUAUUGGAAAUUUCAUUCCAACAUAUUUGCCCCAUCUUGUUUAUAAUCGAUACAUGUUGGGAACAAUGACGGGCUGCCGUUUUUAUCAUUCUUGAUUAUUCAAAAACCUUAAUCUUCUGUUUCGAUAAAAAAGUCACCUUCAAAUUUUAUAAGGGAUUGGAUGUAUUGAUGCCCAAAAAAUUCUGGAUAAAUUACUUAAUGACCCUAGUCACCGAAUGUCAAAGCUAAUUGUUGCCUUAAUUGCGUUUCAAGCAAUUAUCUCUAUCGAUGUCCUCUUUUAUGUCAAAAAUAAAUCAUGAACUUACAUUCAUAUUGCACGAAUGGAUAUCUAUUUUGAUUUGAUGACCCGUAGUCCCUAAAUUCAAUUUUGCAACUUCAAUUAGAAUUGAUUUUGGAUUAUGAACUUAAUGACCCUCAUAAAAGAAAAGUUGGACCCUGGCCUUUAAAGAAAUUUUAAUUUGAACUUUUAUUCUAAACGUGUAUGGUCGCUAUUGUCUUAUUAUGACCCUAAUUGUGAAACAGUCAACUGAGAUGAUUUCUUCUUUUUUUUUUUUUUUUUCCCAUUAUCUAUAAAGGGUGGUAUGGUACACAUAAGCUCACUAACUCCAAAGUCGAUAAUAAAAUGGUUAUACUUUUUUGCAUGGUUUUUUUAUGGGAUUGUCUUGAUAACCCAAAAAUAUUGGAUGAUGCCUUAAUGCGAAAGCUAGUUGCCUUAAAUGAAAUUUUAAUAUAAAAUUUUAUUUAUAAUAUAAGGCACAAAUAUUAGCUAUUGUGCUUUGAUGUCCCUAGUCCCUAAAUGCAAUUUUGCAACUACAAUAUGAAGUGAUUUUGCAAAUGCAAAAUGGAGUGCAUGCUUGUGUUGGAUUAGCCUAUUGUUAAGGGUUUCAAAGGAAAUCUCUAAGGAAGAAACGAAUCAACUAAAACAAAGUACAAAGAAAAUAACUCUUUGGAGUCUGAACUAUUUCUCACAGUAUUUAUCUCAUAUCUGGUAUAUAUGGCAUUAUGCAGACCACCUAUGUCAUAUAUGGAUGCUGGCAUUGAUAUCAACGGAGGAAACCAUAACAAUGUCGUAUCUGUCAAUGUUUUUGACUGCAGGUGGAUGUAUAAGAUUCAUAUAGCACUAGAUUUGUGUUGAUAAUUAUAAACGUGAGUCUUGGAUUUAGUGACUGAAUAUAAGUGGCCUCUCGGUUAUGCAACAUUUAAUCAAUCGAUCAUGUAGGUGGUACAGCCACUCUAGUAUGCAUCCUACAAACUUGCUAUGGUGACUGAUGACAGUUCUUUGAGAAAAUAUUAUUAUGUAACAGGUAUGCUCUAUGCCGACAACCCUGAAAGAUAUUCUCAAUUGUUUGCUACGGUAAUUUUUUGAACUUUCUUUCCACGUAUUUGCAUUUAUGCAUGUUGAGAUAUCCAUUUUCUCAUUCUUGAUUAUUUAAAAAUAUUCAAUCUUCAUCUUCAUAAAAACGAAAGAAAAAUAUUCAACCUUAAAUUUAGUAAAUCAAAAUUUAAAAGGGUUUAAAAACCCUAUAAGAUUGUGAAUCAUUGUGUGAUGGAAUCUUUUUUCAUUUUCUGAAAAAGGGGUGAGUAUAUUGCCCUAGUAACCCCAAAUUUGAUGGUUGGAACGAUGAAUAUACUUUGUUUACAAAUUUUGUAAUGGAUGGAUCAUAAAUGUCUCAAUGACCAUAUAGUAAAAUGUUGGAUGAACUUAAUGACCCUAGUCCCUGAAUGUGAAAGCUAGUGAUGUUGUCUUAAUUGCCACUCAAGCAAUUGUCUAUAUUGAUGUCCUCUUUUCUGUCAAAAAAUAUAUAUGAAUUUUUGUUUUUUCAUAAUGCAUGAAUGAAUAUCUAUUGUGCUCUGUUGACCGUCCCUAAAUUCAAUUUUGCAACUGCAAUUAGAAGUGAUUUUGUAUUAUGAUCUUAAUGACCCUAUUCCCUAAUGUUUCAUAAGUUUUGUAAGGAACAGAUUGCCUCAAAUAGACGAUGACCUCAAGAGUAAAAUGCAGUAUGACCCUAAUCGCGGAUGGUAGUUAUUGUCUUUUUAUGACCCUAAUCGUGAAACUGUCACUGAGAUUUUUCAUUAUCUAUAAAGCAUGGUGUGGUAAACAUGAGCCCACUAACUCAAAAUUCAACAGUAUGGUCGAUUCGUAGAUGUGGGAACAAGUUUUCUUAAUAUGGUAUUCUAUGAUUUGGUCUGCCUUUUCCCCCUAUAUGUAUGGUGCAGAAUCAGAUACAGCUGUAAGUGCGCUUCAGAAUGAAGGAAAAGCAAGUGAUUCAACCAUUUUGUUUCUCAUACGGAUAUGAAUUCAAAUAUUGUGUGUUCUAGAUUGGACUAUUGGGCUGGCCCAAGCCCAAUACCACCUCCUCAACUGUAUAAGCCUCACAUCAUCAUCACCUAUGACUAUGAAGGUAUGUCUCAUUCUAAACCUCUCUUUAACUCAAAAGUUUGAAGGACAUAAUUUAACUUAAAAACACAGACAAAAAAAUAUUACUCAAAGGAAGGAUAAAUUCAUCAAAUUCUUCAUAAUUCAAGAACAUUCAAUCUUGAUACGUGUUGUGACAUCGAUUUUUUAAUUCUUGCUAAUUCAAGAACAUUCAAUCUUUUAUUUGAAAAAAAAAAAAAAACUUAAUUGAGCUUCAAUCUUCUACUUACUGGAAUAUUUGUUCCAACAUAUUUCCCCUAUAUGGUUUAUAUUUUAUAAUGAAUAUAUACCUAUUGGGAACGAUGAUGGGAUGCCGAUUUUCUCAUUCUUGAUUAUUCAAAAACCUUCAAUCUUCUAUUUCGAGAAAAAAUUAACCAUCAUUUUUGUAAAUCCAAAUUUAAUCGGGUAUACAAACCCUAUAAGACAAUAAAUCAUUGUGAGAUGGAAUCUAUUUUUUAUUAUCUGAAAAAUGGGUGGAGCAUAUGGCCCCAGUAACCCCAAGUAUGAUUGUUGGAAUUGAUGGAUAUACUUAAAUUUUACGGGUGGAGCAUAUGGCCCUAGUAAAAUGCAUCAUGAACUCUUUAUUUACAAUGUACAAGUUUGUACAAGUCUUUCAAAAGUUUAAGACUCUUAAAUUGAGGUAAGUAAAACAAUACUCUCAAUAUAUUCUAAUAAAUUUUGUCUUUAUAUUUUGCAACAUAAGUAAUUGAUAUUUAAGGAUGUACCUAUGAAAAACAUCUCAAGAAAUUGAGAAAUACAUCAACACAUUAAAGUUCCAAAAGUUAUAUGUCUUCUCCUCCCCCCCACAUCAUUGCUCACAGCCCCAUAAAAUUCCAAAAACGCCCCUAAUAGUAUUUAUCGAAAGAUAUAUUCCAUUCGCUACUUACUGGUAGAUAUCAAAAUAUAAGACUGAGUUUGCCUAUAAAUUGAUACCCGGCCGAAAGACAUAUGUCUUUCGCUAACCACUGUCAUCGGAAGAUAGCUUCUGGUAGGCGGUAGGUUUUUCACAACUUUAUGGCACCAUUAGUUCAAUUCUUAGUUUUUUUGGCUUGUUUCAGCUCAUCCUGUUGCAGAAGAAAAAAUUAUUCCAGAGAUCAAAGGUAAUUGGCUAACACGAGGAAAGUCAGAUUACUUCGAUGGAAAAAAUUAUAUAUUCGUCUAAUCGAACCAGUGUGUUUAUCCCUAGUGUAUUACUACUAUAAUGAGACAGGGAGUAUUAUCAUUACUAUAGUUGUUUGAGGACAACUGAAGCUCUAUUUCUGAGAGUCCCUCCAAUAAUUGACAGUCCUUCUGCCUACAUUAAUUUAUUAAAUUUUUCUGCAGACUUCUUCGGGUAAGUAACUAUUUGAAUUAUUAUUACUUAUUAUAUUUAUCUGAAAAUGUACACCAUGGGAGGACAACUUACGAUGUAUAGUCCCUCUGCCCCCCAACUGCCUAAUUUAGUAUUAUUUUUCUGAAGAGUCUCUCUACAUAAUUUCUUGACAACAUAUUUUAAUUUCUCCAUUCUUGAAACACAUAUUGCAAACUAUACAUUAAACAGAUUUGGAUUCCUUUCUUACGUUUUAACUUAAUAGUUUUGCUUAUUUUCCUUUUCAAAUUUGAGUUUUGUAUUUCUGUUUUAUCAUUUUGUCUUUCUGAUUUUUGUUAUUAUCCUUUUCAGACAGCAAAAAAAAAAACCUGAAAUUAAUAUAGUGAAGAGAUUGGCUUCAGCUUACUUUGAUAAUCAUUCUGUUCAUUUCAAAGCUUGAGUUUCUAGAAAAAGUGCUCCGAGGGGAUGAAUCCACUUAAAUUAUUUGUUGCAAAGUCCAAGAUAGUCCGUUCCUGCAAAGAUGCAAGUUGUACAAGAACUUCCGAAAGUUGAUUCUUACUUAUCGAGAGUUUGAGAAACAAAGCUAAGUUUCCGAGCUCCUUUGGAAUUUUUCCCGUAAGAUGGUUUGAAGACAAGUUAAGUUCAUGUAAAUUUGUUGCUUUGCCUAGUUCUGGUGGUAUGCUUCCUGUUAAAUUAUUAUAUGAGAUUUUAAGGCUUGUGAGACUCUUGCACUUCCCCCAAUUUGGAUAAAGAUGGCCAUAAAUAUUAUUAUCACUCAAUUCCAUGUAAUCCAAAUUUGGAUACACACCAAAGCUAUUUGUGAUAUUUUCAAAUAGUUGGUUUUGUCCAAGUCUCACUCUCUUAAGGCUUGAGCAAGUCUUUAAACUCUCUGGAAUUUGGCCUGUGAAUUGGUUUUGUGAAGCAGUGAAGUUUGUCAACUUUCCACCGGCACAAAUAUUGUUAGGUAAAUGAC